UCCCAGGUCGCGGCGACGACGCCCGACGCCGGCGCGGUCUACGAGCAGGCCGUGCGCGCCGUCAUGGCGCGCUGGACGCUGCUGCGCCUCGCCGUGGACCAGGGCUGGUGCGACGGCGACGGCGCCGCCGCGGCCAACGGCCUCGUCGACGACCUCGUGGCCCUCGUGAGCCCGUCGGCGCGCAAGGCGCCCCACGUCGAGGACGUCGAGGACCUGCUCUUCGACGGCAUCGAGAGCAAGUUCAACUCCCAGGCCGAGGACGGCUCCGUCGAGGAGAUCGCCAAGCUCGUGAUCUCGCUUCGCAACGAGUGCGCGGCGGGCGAGCUCGGCAACGCGCUCGCGGCGAUCGCCCGGGCGACGCAGGCGCCGGCCCUGGCCCAGUGCGUGAGCCAGGGCGAGCCCGAGGAGAACGUCGACUCCGACGACGAC